AUGCCGCCGCGCGCCGCCUCCUUCGUCUUCGCCAUCCGCCUCGUCUGGCUGCUUCUCUUUUGGUCUGGAAUUUUGAGUUGCCUUACAACGGGUAACCACGCACAGGCGGAGGGCGAGCUAAGCUCAUGGGGUGGGUGUUGCGCUGCCGCUGCCGCCCCGAACUUGCACAUAUACACAGACAAAUUGCCCAAGUUGAGAAGCACACUACAUACUACACAGUGGUGUUUGGUGUUAUUGGUGAUGGUUAAGGCGGGAUCCGGUGCCGGGGGCCUUCAUCGUCGUGAUAUUGGUAAGGAUCAUGUCCUUUCCAUCCCGUCUGAAGAUGAUGCUGGAUUGGUAUGCCCUGCCCUGCCCGCAGCCCAAGUGUUACCUCCCCCGCUCCCUUCUUCAGACCAACGAAUGACUCGUUAUAUUGGCCAUUCUUUGCAACGUGACCUUGGGUCUUGCUGGAUGCAGGAAUAUCCUCCAACAUGGACCGGAUUCGAGGACUCCGUUAAGAGGCCCCUUUCAUUUCCAACAGACAAAGGGGGGAGCAAAGACUUGGACUGCUGGUGGAGGAGAAGAGGGGUUCACUGUGCCAUUGCUUCGCCUCAGCCAAAGUCGGAGAAUUCGGGAGGACGAUGCGAUCUCGCUCCUUACAACAUCUCCGUAUACACGUGUACUUUUCUUUUGGAGGGCGUUAGAUUAGAUGAGAAGGGACUCAUAUCGGGAUAA